GUUAGAGUUACUUGUUGUUGGUAAAUAGCCACAAUGGAGACUAAGGACCAGAAAAAACACAGAAAGAAAAACAGUGGGCCCAAAGCUGAAAAGAAAAAGAAGCGGCAUCUGCAGGAUCUCCAGCUAGGAGACGAAGAAGAUGCCCGGAAGAGAAAUCCCAAAGCUUUUGCAGUUCAGUCUGCUGUGCGGAUGGCUCGAUCCUUUCACAGGACUCAGGAUUUGAAGACAAAAAAGCAUCAUAUUCCAGUGGUUGAUCGAACUCCACUGGAGCCCACACUAAUAGUGGUAGUGGUGAUGGGGCCUCCAAAAGUUGGAAAGAGCACUUUGAUACAAUGCCUCAUUUGGAACUUCACCCGGCAGAAGCUGACCGAGAUCAGAGGCCCUGUGACGAUUGUGUCAGGUAAAAAGCGCAGACUCACCAUUAUUGAAUGCGGGUGUGAUAUUAACAUGAUGAUUGAUCUGGCUAAAGUAGCAGAUCUGGUACUGAUGCUUAUAGAUGCCAGCUUUGGGUUUGAAAUGGAAACAUUUCAGUUUCUAAACAUCUGUCAAGUACAUGGCUUUCCUAAAAUUAUGGGAGUUCUCACCCACCUCCACUCCUUCAAGCAUAAUAAGCAACUGAAGAAGACAAAGAAGUGAUUAAAACACAGGUUCUGGCCAGAAGUUUACCCGGGUGCCAAGCUGUUCUACCUUUCUGGAAUGGUGCAUGGAGAAUAUCAAAACCAAGAAAUCCACAAUCUGGGCCGUUUUAUUACAGUUAUGAAGUUUAGGCCUCUCACAUGGCAAACUUCUCACCCUUAUAUCCUGGCAGACAGGAUGGAAGAUUUGACAAACCCAGAGGAUAUCCAAACAAACAUCAAAUGUGACCGGCAGGUGUCACUUUAUGGUUAUUUAAGAGGAGCACACUUGAAAAAUAAAAGCCAAAUUCACAUGCCAGGGGUAGGAGAUUUUGCUGUGAGUGACAUCAGUUUCCUCCCAGACCCUUGUGCUCUUCCUGAACAACAAAGGAAGCGCUGUUUAAAUGAGAAGGAGAAGCUGGUUUAUGCUCCUCUUUCUGGAGUUGGGGGUGUGCUGUAUGACAAAGACGCUGUCUAUGUUGACCUUGGUGGCAGCCACGGUUUUCAGGACAAGGUGGGGCCCACCCAUGAACUGGUCCAGAGUCUCAUCUCUACCAUCUCCACCACUGAUGCCAAGAUGGCUUCAAGUCGAGUGACGCUGUUUUCUGAUUCCAAGCCACUUGGGUCAGAGGAUAUAGAUAAUCAAGGGCUAUUGAUGCCAAAGGAGGAAAAACAAAUGGACUUAAAAAGGGGGCGAAUGCGUCGGAAAGCCAUAUUUGGAGAUGAAGAUGAAUCUGGAGAUAGUGAUGAAGAAGAUGAUGAAAUGUCUGAAGAUGACGAGUUGGAAAACGGCUCUAGUGAUGAGGAAGCAGAAGAGGAGGAAGAUGCUGAGAUGACUGAUCAGUAUAUGGCUGGUAAGGGCGUCAAACGACGGAAACUUGAAGAGUUGGAAGAAGACAGUGAAAUGGAUUUGCCAGCAUUUGCUGACAGUGACGAUGACCUUGAGAGGAGCUCAGCGGAAGAAGGGGAAGCAGAGGAAGCUGAUGAAAGCAGUGAAGAAGAGGACUGCACAGCAGGAGAGAGGGGCAUUUCAGAAUCAAAGGCUGCUGGAGAAGGUAGUAAAGCAGGGCUGUCGCCAGCUAAUCGCCAGAAUGACCAUGUGAAUCUGGAGAAGUCUUUGCUGAUGAAGAAAGCAGCUCUCCUCACUUCCGAUUCUGGGCAUUGCACAGCUGAAGAGGCGUUUGCGUCUGAAGAUGCAUCUGAAGAAAGCUCCUCACUCGGGGCAGAGGAAGAGGACUCAGAAAAUAAAGAGGCUAUUAGAAAAAAGCUUUCAAAGCCUUCUCAAGUGAGCAGUGGUCAGAAACUGGGGCCAAGGAAUUUAAUUGAUGAGACCAGUGAUAUAGAAGAUUUACUCAAAGAGGAAGAAGAUUACAAGGAAGAAAAUAAUGAUUCCAAAGAAACCUCAGGUGCCCUCAAGUGGAAGGAAGACCUUUCCAGAAAGGCAGCUGAGGCCUUUCUGAGGCAGCAGCAAGCAGCUCCAAACCUCCGAAAGCUUAUUUAUGGGACAGUGGCAGAAGAUAAUGAAGAAGAAGAUGGAGAUAGCCGAGAAGAGCUUGGAGGGUUGUUUCGUGUCAACCAGCCUGACAGAGAGUGUAAGCAUAAGGCUGACUCUUUGGACUGUUCCAGAUUUCUUGUGGAGGCCACCCAUGACUGGGAUUUAGAGGAGGUUAUGAACAGUAUCAGAGAUUGCUUCGUGACUGGAAAGUGAGAAGAUGAUACAGAUGCAGCCAAGGUCUUAGCAGAAGAUAGUAAGUGA